GCAAGGUAGUCCGUGCGUCGAAAACGUCAGUGAAGCAGCAUGGCGGAGAUGUGGUUGGAGAAUCUGCGCUCUGAGUGUGUGUGGAAAUAACGCUCUCAUCCGAUUUAACAAGAAAGAUCAGUGUCUAUUGCAUUUUUUUGUCAAAUAAGUGUUUAUCUAAGAUGGAGAGCCACAGUGGUGGCAGCGUCCCUGCAUCGAAAUACAGUUCAGUGAAAUAUUACAUCCCACCCGAGAGUUACGUUACACCAAGUCAAGAUGGCGAGCAUUCUGGUACCGAGCAAGCUGGUGGUACCGAGACUAGACCGAGAGCUGGAGUGUCUUCUACGCAAUAUAUUCCAAAAGCGGGGGACCGCUUGAACUUUCAAAUACCGAGAAAGAACAAAGAAAAGAGAGCCUUGUUCCAAUAUGUGUCGUCAGAGUCCCGGGAGUUUGAAGACAUCUUGACCAUCCUGUCAUCCAACUACAGAGAAGCCAGCUCCAACGGGAUGUUCAUGUACACCAAGCCAAGACUGGUCCACAGUGAGCUGCUGGAGAAGGACUUUGUAGAGAAAAGGAGAGAGCUGAAGCAGGAUGGGAGGACGGAGAAGGAACUGGAGGAGACCCACUGUUUCCUGAUGGCUGACACCACCAAGCUGCCAUGGAUCUGUGAGAAGGGCCUGCUUGUGGGGCACAGCUGGAUCACAGCUCUGGGGAACCCCGCCAAGGGUGUUUAUCUGUCUAAAAACUCAGACCUACUGCAGAUCAAUCCUUUUAACCCUGGAGUCAUGGGAGAGAUCAUCAUUUUCAAGGUCAUCAAGGGUAAAGUGAAGAGCAUCUAUGAGAACAUGUCAAAGAACCUUCUGGACCCCACUCCCAAGUUUGACAGCCAUUUCUCCAAGAAUGCCAGCAAAGUGACAUCUCUCACUUCCUAUAGAGCAUACGAACUUACUCAGCAAUACUUCUAUGAGUAUGACUUUGAUGAGCUGAAGCCUCGGCCGAGGCACGUGUGUCCCUAUGCAGUGGUCUCUUUCCAGUUCAAAGGCAAAGAUGCUCCUCUUCAAGCCAAGCCCAUGGCUCCCCUGAGGUCAAACAGCCAAACGUCUGAAGGAAGUACAGGCAGGAGUAAAUACACAGUGUGGAGUGGAGAGCUGGUGAAUGAGGGUAGAACAGUGUCCCUGGUCUCCUUCUGCUCCUUCUCCCCCCCCUUCCUGCCUUUCAAACUGCCUGAGAAGCUGGAGCUGGGUCAGGUGAUGUGUAUAGACCAGGUGAAUCAGAUGAUCCCCUCAGCUCUGUUCUCCUGGAACCUGUACGCAGGCAGCCACGAAGUGUUGAAGAAUGGAACCUACUGCAGUCUGCUGGAGGUAGUGGAGAAGAGCAAGUCAGGUGACCAUCUGGCAGCACUGCUACAAGGCCUGGAGACACAGAGACUGGUGCUUGUCCACGCGUUGGCUGACAAAGGAUUCCUCUUCCUCCUGUCUUCAGUUCAGAUGGCUGCUCCAACUGAAAGAAGAGAUGGGUGGAAAAGAGGCCUUCAAGCACUCUUCGUUUUUCAAGAGUCGAGGGAUGUGACAAAAUACAGUACAAAUUGUCCAUCUACCCAGGAGCCUUUGCAGUCGUCAUUCUCCCGUGACACUGUGAUGCCCAAGCUUAAAAGCUUUGUCCCGGCCCUGCAUCAUGCCCUGGUCAAGGUGCGCUGCAACCCACCUGCUGACCUCUCGGCCGGGGUCGAGCACCAGGCCAGGGACUACCUAAGUGGACUUCAUGAUGGAAAGCUCCGCCACGUUCCCAUGACUGAGUACGACACCAAGCUGGAUGACCGGGGGAAGCUGUUCCCGGCUCCAAAACACCACAAGCUCAACAUGGAGGGCUACCUGCGCUCCUACGUCUACAGCCCUAACCUCUACACCAUGCCUGUGGCCCGAGCCAAGGAGAUGAUGGAGAGUUACUGUGUCGUGCCUGAUGACAUCAGCCUUGUGACUGAUUGGGAGGGUGGUAGAAGGGCCAGCGGGGACAAGCCAGUGGUAGGGUCAGAGGUCAAGCCUAAUGGUCCCACUGCUGCCCAGCCUCCGGCGGUCCAGGUGAACCUCUCUCCAUUUCAGUCUCGCACUGACUCCAACCCUCAGAAGGUGAAGGAGCUGAUCAACUUGAUACUGAAGUGUCGGAAGAAUGCAGAGGGGGAUGUGAGGAAGAGAGGAGAGGUGCAGGAAGGAGCGAAGGAGGGGGCAGGCCUGUUGGACCCCCGUGGGCUGAAGAGGAAGCUGGAGAGGGAGACUGCAGAGAGGACUCUGAAGUACCUGAAAAAGGCCUCACAGGAGAGGGGCAGAGUGAACAGCAGACCAGCUGAAGGGGGCCAGAACCCGUCCUGUCUGUCCUCUCUGAUGCUCCACAGUGUGGGUCUGAGAGAUGUGGACCUGAGGAGAGACGGAUCAGAGGCUGCUGUCAAGUUACUGAAAAUGUUAACCAGCCUGAAGAACGCUGCAGGGCAACAGCCACAGGGUUCUGAGGGCAGAGGGGGAGGGUCAAGAGAGGGGGCGGAGCAAACUGAAGCUCUGCUUUUUGAUAGGAUGAUCAAGCUCGGUCUGCCGCCCAAUCAGGACAUUGACCUGAGGAAACGACCUUCUGGGGGCCUGCAGGACAAGGCUGACUACUUGGAGGAGCAGGCAGCAGGCAGUAUGAGCAGUCUGGAAGGCUUCAGCCCCAGUUCCAAUGGUGAAAUGCCCAGGAGAUCGCACUCGCAAUGUCAGGGGGAGGAGCAGAUUCCAUGGGUCCUCAUCCCCAUUACAGGGCUGAAGUGGAAGAAGUACUGCCAGAGAGAGAAGGACAACCCUCAGGACCCGCGCUUCGUACCCCAGAUCCCUAUGGCAACCAGCAGCUACCCCCAAUGUGUUCCGGAGCGAAGGGAAAGAAACGUCACCCCUACCCUAGAGGAGCCCCCAGAGCCUAGCCCCAGUCCUCCCCUAGAGGAGCCCCCAGAGCCCAGCCCCAGUCCUCCCCUAGAGCCCAGUCCGUGUCCCAGUCCCUACCCCAGUCCCUACCCUAGUCCCUGCUCCAGUCCCUACCCAAGUCCCAUAGAGGAUGAUGAGCAAUUAGCUGAAACCCCCUGUGACCCCACAGAAAUAACCAACAACGAAAAGACAACCACAGACGAGACAAACCAGAGCCUCCUUCUGGUCCCUGUUACUCCAGAGAGCACCAGCCUCCCAGAGAAAAGCAGCAGCCCAUCCCCCUCCCCUGAGCCAGGGCCAGGGCCAGCUGAAGAACCAACCCAUACUAACCCUAGCCCCAUAGAGGCUGGUCAGGAACAAGCUGAAGGCAGUACAGGAAAAUAUAUACCAACUGUUGUGGCAGCUGAAGACCCAAACACAAUGGAGGUUGAACAGGAGGAGGAGGUUAAAGAGGUAGAGGAACAAGUGAUGGAGGAAGUGAAAGAGGAGAAGGAAGAUGUGAUGGAAGUGGUGGAUGAGGAACCGGUGACAGAGGAAGUGGAGGAGGGAGAUGAGAAGGAUGAGGAAGACCUGAUGGAAGUGCUAGAUGGGGUGGAAGAGCAGCUGGAGGAAGGGGAAUUAGUGGAGGAAGAGAACGGAAAUGUGGAGACAGAGUUGAAACAGACAGGGCAGGUGUCACCCAGACCAUCCUCCUCCAUUCCUCCCAUCCAGAAUCCACCUCCCAUUCAAAAUCCUCCUGUCCAGAGAGCCGUUCUGACCGGAGUGGAAAGUAUCCUGGACCAGCAGUUCAGUGACUUCUCCACAGAGAUGCAGAUCCUCCUGCUCAGAGAGAGUGUCCACUACAGCUCAUCGCUUCUCCAUACCCAGAAUGCUUCACAGCAGCUCCCGGUGCAUCCGCUCCUGCACUUCUCAGAGUACGUCUCCUUCUACAACUCGUCGCCUCCCAUGCAGGCCUACGUCACCUCGCUCCGAGACCGCAUGGGCACCAUCAUAGACGUACAGGACCAAUGGAUUCCCAGCACGUUAGCCACCCACCCUGCCCUGGUCUCAUCUAUCACUAACCGCCACCAUGCUAACCACUCUCCUCCUACCACUACAUACUGGAACCAUUCUUUCUGUGGCCCUGUGUCUCAGCCUGUCCCCAGCCACCGCCUCUCUCCUGCCCCUGCUCCUGGCCUUGCUGUGUCUCAGUCUGUCCCAAAUCGUCUCUCUCCUGCCCCUGCUCCUGGCCUUAGCCUUGCUGUGUCUCAGUCUGUCCCCAGCCACCGCUUCUCUCCUGCUCCUGGCCUUGCUGUGUCUCAGUCUGUCCCCAGCCACCGCUUCUCUCCUGCUCCUGGCCUUGCUGUGUCUCAGUCUGUCCCCAGCCACCGCUUCUCUCCUGCUCCUGGCCUUGCUGUGUCUCAGUCUGUCCCCAGCCACCGCUUCUCUCCUGCUCCUGGCCUUGCUGUGUCUCAGUCUGUCCCCAGCCACCGCCUAUUUCCUGCUCCUGGCCUUAGCCUUGCUGUGUCUCAGUCUGUCCCAAGUCGUCACUCUCCUGGCCUGUUUGCCCCUGGUCCUGAUAGCUCAAACUCUUACAGUUCUCUACCUGUGUCUCAUUUUAAUAGUAAUAAUAGCACAAUGAUUCCAUCUUCAUCGUUUCCCGGCACGGCCUAUUCUCCUACUCUCUACAACAACCCACCCCAGACACAGACGGGACUACCUCAACUCAGCUCCAGUCUAGCCCCCCUGCCCCUCCAACCACUGGACAGUCAAUGGACAACUUCAACAAAGAACCCUGACUCAGGCGGGAGACUGGGAACCUGCAAGCCAAGUGAUAUGUCAAAAGCAAAUAAGUGGACAACCACAACACAGAACACUGAGUUGGAUGUCCGAGGGCUACGAGCAAAGUGCACGCCGCAAACAAGUGCCAUGUUUGAAGCAAAAGACGAUGUCGUAAUGGUGGAUCAGCUGGUUUCAGCAGACACCGUGGAGGCUCCACCUCCUCCUCACACUCAGAUGAUUGACAGUUUGUCAGGGGUGGGCGGGCCAGUGGUAGAGCCUGUCCCGGCGCCAGGUCCCGCCUCCCCAUCAGCCAUCAGUAGUCUGAUCAGCCAGCUGAAGCCUGAGUUGUUCAGUAACCUGGUGGAGAUUAUAAAGGAUGUCCAGAAGAAUUCUGUCCAGUUCUACAUCCACACACAGGAGAGGGAGAGGGAGGUCUCCCAUCACAUCAAGGAGUACCUCCAGAGGUUGGGUAACGUAGAACGCAGUCCUGUGAGUUUCCUGGAGAGAGAGAACCGGAUGGACAAACUAAUGGUUCUCAUCCAGAACAAGGACAUUGCAGCGCACAUUCACAAGAUCCCGGCGCUGGUGCGGUUGAAGAGACAGCCGUCGGUGAUCUUCGCUGGAGUAGACAGUCUGGACGAUGUGAAGAACCACACCUACAACGAGCUGUUUGUCUCUGGGGGAUUCGUUGUCUCAGACGAGUUUGUCCUCAACCCUGACUACAUCACGCACGAGCGUCUGCGGGUGAUUCUGAUGUUCCUGGACCAACAGAACUCAGCAGAGAGCCUGUGGAGGUGGAGGGUCCACUGGAAGACCCAGAAGAAACUCAAGGAACAGUCCAGGUUUAAAAGUGAAGCCAGGAAGAUCUUGAACCUGCUGACCACGUACCAGAAAAAAAACAUUGUGGAGUUCCUGCCAUACCAUGAGUGUGACGCUCCAUCUCGCCCCGCCCCCGAUCUGGACUGUCUUCUCAAACUGCAGGCACAGCACAUUCAGCAACGACACAUCAUCUUCCUCACAGAGAGCCACUUCGAGAUGUUUUCCCACUACUCCAGUACUGGCAUCGUCAUCGCCAACAUCAACGACAUCAUGCACAACUUCGGUGGCCUAGUUGGUUUCCAUGACGUCAGAGACAAGCGGUCUACCUCAGUAGACCUCAUAGCUGCAGCUACCACAGUCCGAGAGGAAAAACGUGUGCUGGAGGAACCGAUCCUUCUGGACUCCCCCUCCUCCCCAGAUCGCCUGGUGGACCGCCUGUCCACUCCGCUGAAUGAGGACGACUUCCUUCCUCCCCUUCCCGACCAGCUUGUUCCUGACGCGGGGACACCCAUGGAGCUCAACUUCCAGGCCCUGAAGGCAGCCAUCUCUCAGUUCAAGGCUGAUAAGGCUGCUCGCUCACAGAUGGCACCUCCAGAGGUGGAUGGGGAGAGACCAGAGUCCCCACCAGGACCAAGGAUUCCUGGCCUGGGUACAGACUCACCAGGGGGUCUGGGGGACUCUGGAGUUGGUUUCCUCACCCCUGGUCUCCUCACUCCUACCCCUGGUUUCACCCCUUCCUCUGUCUCUCUCCUUGGUCCUGUCCCUCUCCGCUCCAGCCAGUCCCCUGCUGGGAUCCAGAAGGAAGUGGGACUGACCCCCACACGGCAGGCUAAAGAAGCUACCCUCUCCUCCCUCCACUCUAAGCUGGGUCUGAGUGUAACUGGUGGUGCUGAGGUAACCAGUGGCAUGUCUUUGUGUGGCUCCCAGGGCAGACUGAACGCUUUCAGCAGCCACCAUGGUCCUCUAGCUGGGAUUGUCACUGAGGGCCAUGGGGAGUCAGGGGCCACACCCAGCAACACUAACGACCCCCCAGGUCCUGAGCCUACAAGGUCCCAGGGGGAGAACACUAAACCCAGCCCAGUAGAAGGCAGCCUCCAGGGGGGAGGAGGAAUGACUGACAAAGCCCCUAGCAGCCCCCUCCCUGGUCCUCCGGGUCCCAGGGCAGCAGCCCCCCGGCCAGUUGGUGGUGGGGAUUACAUAGCGGCAGCUACAGACAGACUGGCACAGGCAGCCAGACAGCAGCAGAGAAAUGGCUUGUUACCCAUGCCUAAUACACUGUUCCUUAACAGUAACCUCAAUCUGCACAACCAUGGCAUGAGCAUAUUCCAACGGCCCAUGUUGAAUAGGCUGGAAGGACCUGCAGGACAGGGGGGUAUUAGACCAUUGAUGCCUAAUGCCAUUGGCUGGGCUAGGAUGGGCCAGGCAGGGGUGUCAGAGUCCUGUCUAUGGGGCCUUCAGCAGCAAAACAUGGGGCUGGGGCGCCACACCUUCCCUCCACGACUGAUGGGGAACCCUCAUCACCCCUGGGGUAGUAACCAGACUGCUAACCAGGGGCGUGGGAAUGGUCCUUGGAAGCGGUGACGAACGGUCUAGUGAACAAACGAGUUAUGUUCAGUAGGUAUCAAUCUGAAAACACUGAGUGAAACAGGGAGGAUAUACCUGGAUGUUCAUUUUUGUUUUCUGCUGUGCCCCAAUGGAUGGAGAGCAACUAGCACGACUACCUACUUGACCGAUAGUCAAAUCUGUUCUACACAUUACAUUUCUUACUGAACCCUCCUGUCCCCACUAGUGACUCUUCAUUUCUGAUCCUAAAGAAGCACUUCACUUGACAGGAAAUCACUUUUCCCCCCACCAGAUGGUAAAGCCAGCUGUGGCCUGGCUGGUGCUGCCUGCUGAUGAUACUACUACUCACUAACCUGUCAGAUCUUGUCAAACCAAACAAUUAUAUUUGUAUUUUCUAGGAAAAACUUUGUUAUUACUUGUUUGUUUAGGGGCAGUAUUCAAUCAGAUCCGCUUUAGCCGACAUCUGCGUAGCGGUUGUUUCGGCGGUGGAACAGCAGAGCUGUCAAAUCCACUAGCGGCUCCUGGCAUUAUACCUAGUGGACAUUACCGUUGGCUGAACGGUGUUGCAUUAAGAGAAACCCCAUGCAGCCUUAUAAGUUUGAACAGUGAGAUGUAGUCUACAUUAUAUGUCCGUUAGAUGAUAGAGACCCUCAUUAUUUAGUUUCAGGAUUGUUCAAUUAGAGCCUCAAUUUCUAUAUAGCCUACACUUCCUCAUUCUGAACGUCUAAUGGAAGUGACAAUUAUCGCAAGAGCAGCUGCUCACCGAUUUGAUGCCUCAGUUUGACCUUCAACGCCACCAAAACCAUCCGCUAUGCUACGCUUGAUCUGAUUGAAUCUAGGCCUAAGUUAAUAUCCUUGUACCUUUUUUGGUUUUGUAAAGAAGUAUACUGUACAGAAAACCAGUGGUUUUAUCUUAAUGUUAUUUUGUACAACUUUGUUUGUAUUAAAACAUGCUUGUCAAAACUA